UAUUAAGACCUAGUGUCAGUAUUUCCUUCAUUGUGACUAGUAGCACGGUAUUUGUACCUCUUGGCACAGUCAUGGCAUCAAAGUCGGGGAGCACCUUGGAUCCGGAGAGGAGUUGUGUGUUGUGCUGCCAGGAUCUGGAUAUAUACGCUGUGGGCAAAUGUGACCAUCCCAUCUGCUUCCGCUGCUCCACAAAGAUGAGGGUGCUGUGUGAACAGAAGUACUGCGCUGUCUGCAGAGAAGAAUUGGAUACGGUGGUUUUUGUUAAAAAGGUGUCCCCCUUUUCCAGUAUCAACACCACCCAGAUGCAGUGUGAGAAGAGAUAUGAUAUAUACUUCAGCGAUGGCAAAAUGUUUUCUCUGUACAGGAGAUUGCUGCAACACGAAUGUUGGCUUUGCCCUGACAUGAGACCCUUCCACACCUUUGUUGACCUAGAACAACAUAUGAGAAAAAAUCAUGAACUCUUCGGCUGUAAGCUGUGUCUGAAGCACUUGAAGAAUUUUACCUAUGAGAGGAAGUGGUACAGCCGUAAGGAUCUGGCUCGCCAUCGUAUCCAUGGUGACCCUGAGGACACGUCCCACCGUGGUCAUCCUCUCUGCAAGUUCUGCGAUGAACGGUAUCUCGACAACGAUGAGUUGCUCAAACAUUUACGCAGGGACCAUUACUUCUGUCACUUCUGUGACUCUGAGGGGGCCCAGGAAUACUAUAGUGACUACACUUUUCUGCGGGAACAUUUCCGUGACAGUCACUUCCUGUGCGAGGAGGACCGGUGCAGCACAGAACAGUUCACACACGCAUUCCGUUCUGAUAUAGACUACAAGGCCCACAAGACAUCCUGCCACAGCAAGAACCGCGCAGAGGCCAGACAGAACCGUCAGAUAGACAUCCAGUUCAGCUACACUCCCCGGCAUAACCGCAGGGCUGAAGCGGUGGUAGGAGGAGGUGACUUUGAAGAGGUGGACAGAUUCAACAGGCAGAUGAGAGGACGUGGAGGGCAGCAAAACAAGAGGGGGAGCUGGCGGUAUAAACGGGAAGAAGAAGACCGGGAGGUGGCAGCCGCUGUAAGAGCCUCCGUAGCAGCCAGGCGACAGGAAGAGAUGGGGAGGAAACCAGCUCUGGAUAUUUCUGAUCAUUCAAAAUCUAGAAAAGAGGAAGCCCGGGACUCUGAUGAGGGGCGCAGGCCUAAGGCUGUCCCAAAACCUUCUGCUGAAGCUGCAGGCCCCAGUGAUUCCAGCAAGGUGACUGGCAUAUCUAAUGGUGCCUUGACGGAGGAGGAUUUCCCUGCCUUUGGCUCAGCUGUGGCCACUCCUCUGCUCAGUAUAGCCAAGCCUGCUCCUAAACUAAAAGAAGAGGACUUUCCCAGUCUGACAGCGGCGGCGUCCUCGUCUUCAGUCCACUCAUCUGUUCCACCAUAUACAGCGGGAAUGUCAUACACUGCCUCCAGUAGGUCCGGCAAUGCCUUCCACGAGGAGGACUUUCCAGCUUUGGUGUCCAAAGCCAACCCCUCAAAACCACUUUCCGCAGUUGGCUCUGCAUGGGCUGCUUCCUCUUCAAAGAGCACAUCUAAAACUGCAGCUCCUGCACCAGCUCCUUCUAGCAGAGCCUCAAAGAAGUUUGCUGGACCGAGCAGUGGGAAAGGGUCCUUGGCUAAAGCGAAAAAAUGUCUUUCCCUCUCUGAGGACGAAGACGACGACAUUGGCGUUACCGCUCAAGAGUUUCGCAGUGCUCCGACGAUGAUCGAUAUCUCGAAACUGCUGACAGGGAAUCCCCAGAGCAACUUUAAGCUUAGCAAGAAGAAGAGGGUGGGCUCGGAGAAGCAGAGCACUUCCUUUAGUUCUCAGCUGCCAGAAGACUGGUCCACAAGCUCCUCCCUCAAAGAAAACGCCAAAGAGACCGAGCGCACGCCAACUCCACCCGCUACUUCCAUCCUCAGUGACAAGUCAAACACUGUUGUGAAUGGACUGAAUGAGCGCAAACCUCCAGAAAAAGGAGGCGGAGCUAGGGAACCUCCCGGUUUACAUAAAACGGCAAACUCUGUACCAAAGUACCCUCUGCCUGAGGAGGACUUUCCAGCGCUGGUGAAUAAUAAUAUCCUUACAAUGCCACCACCAGGAUUUUCCCCUGCAGCAUCAGCACCUUUGCCACCACCUCCCGGAUUGUCGUCCUCCUCUGUGGGUAAACCCCCUCCAGGAUUUGCUGGUGCCUCAUCUGUGUCCAUUAAUGCCGAACCUCCAAUCAAACCAGUAAAAGAGAUUUCAUUCUGUCCUGGAACUUACCUGGUACCUGAACAUUUCCAGCAGAGAAACAUUGACCUGAUUAAUUCCAUCAAGGAUUACCUGUAUAGCGACGAGUCCAGAUUCAAUGAAUUUAAAUCCCACUCCGGCAAAUUUAGACAGGGGUUGAUCUCUGCCUCUGAAUAUUAUAAAAACUGCCGGAAGCUUCUCGGUGACAACUUCAGUCUGAUCUUCAAUGAGCUGCUGGUGCUCCUACCGGAUAACGCCAAGCAGCGGGAACUGCUGGCCGCUCACCGAGAGCUCCAGGUGCAAGAAAAGCAAACCCCCAGCAAGUCUUCCAACAAGAAGAACAAGAAGACCGCCUGGAAAACAGACUCCGGUGUGCCCGACCUGGACUACUCUGUGUGCCUCAGCUGCAGCCAGGUGCUGGCCCCCCGGGACGUUGCCUAUCACAAAAAGUUGCACCUAGAGGAUAAAGACUUCCCGUCACUCCAAGCCAUCAGCAGGAUCAUCAGUUAGGCGUGGCAGGUUGUUUCCCGAUAUUGGCAUUUGCACUUAAAAGGAAAGAGAAAAAA